AUGACUACACACACCUGGCGAGUGUGGGCCAUCUGCAUGGUCUUAGCUGCAAAUCUCUCUGAAGAGCAAGUGCUGGAGCACGCUUGUCCUUCAUGUGAUGCCACUCAGCUUUGCAACUGCUCUUCCAUGGGCUUGGACUUUGUUCCGCUGGGGCUCACGGACAAACUCAGAGUGUUAGACCUGGCCCACAACAGGAUAAAGCACAUCCAGUCCCAGGACCUGCAGCAGGCUGUGAACCUGAGAGCCCUGCUGCUGCAGUCCAACAAGAUCAGCUCGAUAGACGAGGAUGCGUUUCGCCCCCUUGGGAAACUGGAGGUCUUGGACUUAUCAAAUAACAGCUUGGCUCACUUGUCCCCUGCGUGGUUUGAGCACCUGUUUUCGCUCCAGCACCUCCAUCUCCAAGGGAACUCCUACAGAGACCUGGGGGAACGCUCCCCCUUCUCUAGCCUGAGGAACCUGAGCUCUCUCCACCUGGGCAACCCGUGGUUCUCCACGAUACGGCAAGGGAACUUUGAGGGCAUUGAGCUUCUUGACACGCUGUGGAUUGAGGGUGUCAGGCUCAGUCAGUAUGAGCCGGGAAGUUUGAAAUGGAUUAAGCAGAUAAAUCACAUGAUCAUAAACCUAAGAAACACUAGUGUAUUCUCAGCAAUUGUCAGGGACCUUCUGCACUCUGUCAUUUGGUUAGAAGUGCAAAAAAUGGAAUUCAGUAUACCUGCUGAAAUACAACUAUUAAGAGUCAUGUCGUCCUCUUUUGCAAAGAAAAUUUCUUUUAAACAGACAUUAUUAACUGAUGCUACUGUGCCUGAGAUUGUCAGCAUUUUAGAAGACAUGCCAAAAUUACUUGAGGUGGAGCUGAUAGACUGUAGACUCAUGGGAACUGGACAGUGGAAAAUACAUUUUCAAGCAAACCAAUCACAGACUAUUAAAGUUCUGACAAUAGAGAAAUUAUCUAUAGAAGAAUUUUAUUUGUUUACAGAUCUUAAGGCUGUAGAAGAUUUACUAUCUCUUCUUACCAAAAUCACAGUUACAAACACCAAGGUCUUUUUAGUACCAUGCAGGCUUUCACAAAACCUUGAGUCAUUAGAGUAUCUUGACCUUAGUGCGAAUUUGCUUGGAGACCAGAGUCUGGAGCAUUCGGCUUGUCAGGGUGGUUGGCCGUUACUACGAACUCUCAAUUUAAGUCAGAAUUCACUGAGUGACUUAGAAAUGACGAGUAAAAGUUUGUCUCACCUAAGAAACCUAAUUCUCUUAGAUAUUAGCCAAAAUAAUUUUGGUGAG